AUAUAUUGUGUAUAAAAUUCAUUCCAUAAGAUUAUCAUUUAUGAUCUAGUUUUGUGUAUUCUGAGUGAUGUAGCUAUACUGUAUUAAUCAGAUAUAACAUGUAGUUAAAAGGAUCUUUUGUGUACAGUCUUUGCACUGACACUAUGGCUUAGAUGUGAAAUUAUGUUAUAGCAAUCCCGUAUUGAUAGAGGAAAUUUGUGUUAUUUGGAUUUUACUAUAUAUUUAUCAUUCAUAUUUUUUAAGAUUAUUCAAGAUGAACAAGCGCCGUAGAACGUCUUCUGUUGCAAGCCGUGGUACAGAAGAUGACGGUGAUGAUAUACCGCCUGAACCGACAAAGAGAAGAAAAAAAUUAGAUCCUAGUGAUCUAUGCCAACAAUUAUAUGACGUGCUACGCAAUCAAAAAAAGGAAGAUGGAACACUAUUAUGCGAUGCAUUUAUACGUGUGCCUAAACGUAGACAAGAACCUGGUUAUUAUGAAGUUGUAACAAAUCCUAUAGAUCUAUUAAAGGUACAACAGAAGUUGAAAACCGAUGAAUAUAGAGAUAUGGAUGAUUUAUCUGCUGAUAUUCAACUCAUGGUUAAUAAUGCAAAAGCUUUUUAUAUGCGUACAUCUCCUGAGUAUAAAGAUGCGACUGAACUUUGGGAGUUAUGUAUAAAUACAAAAAAUCGUAUUAUGGAAGAAUACGAAGAUGCAGAACCUAAAGGAAAGCUUAUACUAAAAGUAGCACGAUUGGCUCGAAAAGCAGCAGCGAAACAAGACGACGCAGAAGAUACGUCUGAAAGUUCAACAAAUCCUGACGAAGAAACAAUACAACUUUUUGAAGACCUAUUUGCAGCAGUUAUGACAGCAACAGAUCCGGCUGACAACAAUAGACCGUUGCAUACAAUGUUUCAACUUAAGCCAUCUAAAAAAUUAUAUCCAGAAUAUUAUGAUGUAAUUGAAACGCCAGUAGAUCUAAAAACAGUUGCAAGGAAAAUUCAAGAAGCAGCCUACAGUUGUGUUGCGGAUAUGGAAAAAGAUUUGAUGCUAAUGUGUCGUAAUGCUUGUCAAUUUAACGAACCCGGUUCUCAAAUUUAUAAAGAUGCGAAACUUUUGAAAAAGAUUAUUACCGCAGCAGCAAAAAAACAGGACACUGGAUUAAGUAGCAGUGUUCCGAAAAUUGCAACAACUGCACCAUCAACACGAAGUAAAAGAGGAAGUCGUACAAUGGCGCAAUCCUUGAUAGCCCAGACUGCAGCAUUACCAGAUGAAGAUGAAGAAAGUGACGAUGAAGAGGAAGAGUCUGCAGAGACUGAAGAGGCUGACAAUCACCAGUGGCAGCUAUUUCAAACUAUCCGAACAACACCUAAUAAUCAAGGAGUUAGAAUGAGUGAAUAUUUUUGGAAAUUGCCAUCGAAAAGGUUAUAUCCCGAUUAUUACAAAAUGAUUAAAAAUCCUAUUUCUUUACUACAAAUUCGUACAAAGAUAAAGAAAGGAGAAUAUGGUACUGUUAGCGAAGUAGCCGGGGACAUGAAUAUUAUGUUUGAGAAUGCAAAGAAAUAUAAUAUUCAUACAUCUAGACUAUAUAAGUGUGCUGUAAAACUACAAAAGAUAAUGCAAGAGAAAGUACAAGAGCUCUUAGAAUUUGAUCAGGAUUCAGAUUCAGACAGCGAAUUUGAAAAUAAUUCUCACAAGGCUCAUAAUUUUAUGAAACGUGCUACGAGUUUGUUGACUCGUGGAAAAUAUAAAGACAACGCACCAUUGAAGAAAAGAUUGUAUUCAUUGGUUAAAUGUGUCAUAGAAUACGUUUGUGAAGAUGGACGACAACCGAUGUUAAUGUUUAUGGAAAAACCUUCUAAAAAAUUGUAUCCAGAUUAUUAUCAAGUAAUAGCAGAACCCAUUGACAUGUUAGCUAUUGAAUCGAAUAUCAAAGGAGAGAAGUAUCAAAGCGAAAGCGAAUUAAUACAAGAUUUUAAGUUAAUGUUUAACAAUUGUCGCCAGUACAAUGAAGAAGGUUCUUUAAUAUAUGAAGAUGCAAAUACUUUAGAAAGAAUUUUAAUGGACAAAGUAAAAGAAUUAGGUCCAUUGACAGAUUCAGGUAAAUCUUCAAAAUCGAGUGGGUCUACGCCAACUAGAAACGUUGGGAGACCCAAAAAAACUGUACCAGUGCACUUACAAAAAUUGAAAACUAUGUACGAUAUUAUAAAAGAUUACCAUGACACGAAAGGAAGACAGUUGUCUUUAAUUUUUAUGAAAUUACCGAAUAAGAAUGAGUACCCUGAUUAUUACGAAGUCAUUAAACAACCAAUGAACAUGGAGAAAAUAGCUUCAACAUUAAAAAAUAAUGGAUAUGAGAAUUUAGACGAUCUUGUAUCGGAUUUUAUAUUAAUGUUUGAUAAUGCUUGCAAAUACAAUGAACCUGAUUCACAAAUAUACAAGGAUGCGUUAAUUUUACAACGAUUAGUUCUUCAAACAAAGUUACAAUUAAGCGAAGACGAAGAAAGUGUGCCAGAUGUGUCUGCCGCAGUCCAAGAAAUAUUAGCAACAAUUUUUACUGCUCUUUAUAAUCACCAAGACGAAGAAGGAAGGUGUUAUUCAGAUUCUAUGGCUGAACUUCCAGAGCACGAUAUUGUCGAUGGGAAGAAGAUAAUUUAUUUUAUUUUAAAUAACAGGAUACGAGGAUUAUCACUAGAUUUAAUUAAAAGAAGGUUAGAUCGUGGAGUUUACAAACGACUAGAUAGGUUCCAAGAAGAUGUAUUUACAUGUUUAGAAAGAGCUAGAAGGCUGUCACGCACAGAUUCACAACCUUUCGAAGAUAGUGUAGAGCUUCAGGCAUUUUUCCUCAGAACUCGCGACGAAGUAACACGCGGUGGUGAUUUAUUACAUUCGCCGGCACUUAAUUAUACUCUCCUCGAUCUGUCUACUCAAGUUGCAGAACUUAAACGUCUAAAGCAACAACAAGAAUUAACAUUACCUAAUGAAGAGGAAAGUUGCGAUGGAAAUGAGACAAAAGAUUCAGAAGCAAAUACUAAUACAGAGGGAAGUAAUAUUGACAAUAGUGCUCCAAUGAGUUUUAACCAAGAAGUAUAUAGAGCUGGUGAUUUUGCGUAUGUAGAGCCUUCAGAACGAGGCAUGGAAUAUAGUGUGGUUCUUAUAGAACGUUUGUGGACAAAUGCAGAGGGACAGCAGAUGUUAUAUGGCAAUUUAUUUUAUAGACCAAGUGAAACUUAUCAUGUAGCUUCUAGGAAAUUCCUUGACAAAGAAUUAUUUAAAAGUGAUGCUCAUAUAGCUGUACCUCUAGCCAAAGUGGCUGGCAGAUGUAGUGUGCUAAGUGUUAAGGAUUAUUUUAGAAUGCAACCAGAAACUUUUCUAGAGAAAGAUGUUUAUGUGUGCGAAUCACGAUAUUCUACGAGAGCAAGAGCGUUUAAAAAAAUCAAAGUCUGGAAUUUUGAUCCAGAUCAUUUAAAAUUAAUUCCAAGAGACAAACCACUAGAACCGAAACGAGUAAUAUCAGUGUACAAGGAAAGACUAGAGAAACAUAAAGAAGAAAUCGCGGAGUUAGAAGAGGGAGAAAAAUUAACAGAAAAGGAAAGACCUAAUGUGAUACUAUAUAAUUCAAGUGAUACAGAGAAUACCUACUAUGAACAAUAUAGUACAUGCACGGGUGCCGUAAAAACUGGAGAUUUUGUAUACGUAGCAACGGAUGGAGGUAGACAACAAAUUGCGCAAAUCGAUGCUAUUUGGUCGACCAAAGAUGGAAAAUGUUACUUCAAAGGUCCAUGGUUGCUGAUGCCUGCAGAAAUCCCACAUGCUCCCAAUAAGUUAUUUUAUAAACAAGAACUUUUUUUAUCAACUGUUGACGGUACUCAUCCUAUCGUGGCUAUUGUUGGAAAAUGUGCUGUUCUUGAUUUUGGAGAGUAUAUUUGCAGUCGACCUACAGAAAUCCCGGAGGAUGAUAUUUAUAUUUGUGAAUCAUUGUAUGAUGAAAGUAAAAGCCUUAUGAAGAAACUUGGGCAAGAAGGUUUAAAAAAGUUCAAUCACAGCACAACAGUAACCGAAGACGAAAUUUAUUUCUUUCGGAGGCCAAUUAAUCCCGCUAAGGUUCCAGGCGAUGUGGCUCAUACGCAAAAUCAAGUCAAGUCUGUUACCCCUAGUUCGACUCAAUUUGAAAUGGAAGCCUCACCAUUGUUACCGAAGCUGGAACCCGAUGUACUAGGCAUGGGAGUAGGAUUAGGAGUGGGAGUGGGAGUAGGAGUUGGGGAGGACAGCAUGGACGCUGGUGGUCCACCGUCCGUUGGAUCUGCAGAAGCUCAACCGGUGCUCUCCAAUACUCAAACACCUGUGUCGACUAAGAAGAAAACGGCGGGUAAGAAAUUAGUUACGGGCUAUAUUUUAUAUUCGAGUAAAAUGCGAACGCAGAUUACACAAAACAAUCCUGAAUCAUCCUUUGGGGAGAUUAGCAGAAUUGUUGGCAAUGAGUGGAGAAAAUUACCAGCGGGAGAGAAACAAGCUUGGGAGGAAAGAGCAAUUAAGAUGAACGAGGAUGGCGGACAGCUUAAAGGAACGUCCGUUUCAGUGGGUACAAAUUCUUUACAAGAUGUAGUAUAUGAAUGUUGUUGGGACAAUUGUGACUGGCAAUUUGAAGAUAUGACCGAUUGUAUCGAUCAUUGUAUCGCUGAACAAAAUGGACAUGUACAAUCGUCUUUCGCUAACGCUGCUAGUGAUGUAGAAUAUCAAUGUCAAUGGCGCGGAUGUGGUCGUACAAAGAAAUCUGUACCUCCAUUUCCAAGUGUACAAAGACUAGCAAGGCACGUUAAAGAAGUACAUAUCCUUAAGUCAAAUGGACGAAUAAUACCUCCUACAGAAAGAAGCAAAAAUUAUAUGGCAUCGAAAGGUCCAACGAUAUUACCGCCAAUGGAAACUGAAACAUCGGCAGCUGCGACACAAACAAGUAGCAUACCUACCACUAAACAACCGGAACCAAUGUUUGUUGCAGUUCCUCCAAGACCAAGUCGUGUAUUACAUUCAGAUGCUUACUUACGGUAUAUUGAAGCUCUAAACGUAGAAAACCGGUACAUAUCAAAUUGGGAUAAACAGAUGAACGCAAAUCCUGAUAAUACACAAAUUCCUGAUGUAACAAAAUUACCCGCCGAAUGGCUCGGUAACGGUGUAGGCAAUCAUGGGAACGUGGUAAACGCCUUAUGGACACUCAGGAAUAUGAUGAUGCGAGAUGUUUUGGCCAUCAAUAAAACUUUAUAGUUUAUAACUUGUUAAGAUCUAUAAUAUUUAACAUUCGAUGCUACCUUAAAACUACAAUUUUCAGGUCCGUCGAUCCUAGAUGAAAGACUGAGAAUUAUUCGAAUAUCAGUGUAUUUAUAAUUUUAGUUUAUUUACUUUUCAUUUUACAAUUCUAAUUAGUACGUGAAACUUAAUUUAAUUGUAAUUCACUUUUUAGUCAUUUCUGGUAUGUAAUUUGAAACAAAUAGGAAAGUGAUUUUAUUAUUAGAAGAUUUUCAGAUCUGUAGAGUAUUUACACAAAUGAAUAAGUUUAGUGGGAUAUUAAUUUUGAAAAUGCAAUCAGCAUUAUUUUCGAUACAUCGCCUAUGGAUCUGUUAGGAGUAGAACUAAAAUGUUACAACGUAAGAAUCGCCAUUUUGUACAUAAUUCGCUAUUUUUAGUUUUAAAUUUUCAUAAA